AUGUCGUUUGAACAAUACAAAGAAGAAGGUAAUAGAAACUUUAAAGAAGGCUCAUAUAAGGUUGCAGCAGAACUCUAUCAAAAAUGUGUUGAUAUCGAACCUGAGAAUCCAAUAGGCUACAGUAAUAAAGCAAUGGCUUUGAUUAAAUUAGGGAGAUAUACUGAGGUGGUUGAGUUAUGUCGAAAAGGUCUUACUUUUACUCCAAAUACAACAGACACUGUAUAUAAAAAAUUAAAUUAUCGUCUGGAAAUGGCUCUUAAAAACAUGAAACACGUUAAUGAUCAGGAACAGAGUAACGAACAUUUAAUUAAUAUUGAAAUUAAUGAAGUUGAUAGACUACCAGAAGAAUUUAUUAAUUUAUGA